AUGGGUAUCAUGAGGUCCACCCCUAAGCAGAGGGCGAACAUAGAGUUCAGGAAGCUGAUUACAAUGCUCGGCAAGGACAAUAUCGUGGAGAGAGCCAGUCUAAAGCCUGGGACUGUAGUCCUGAAGUAUCGAGAGGGCUAUGCGGAAGACUACCAAAGCUGGGAUACUCUGCCAUCGUUCGAGACCAGAACAUUGGAAGAAGUAGCAGAGGGGCCAGCAGAUGAGUAUUGA